AUGCUGGAUCGUGAGCAUGACACCCUAGCCGUAGCGCCCGCACUUGCAGGAAGCUGGUUCCAAGGAAGCUGGUUCCAGCAGGUGAUAACAUGCUUCUUUAUCAUUUUUGGUACGGUGUAUUUCUUGGAAUCUAUUGGAGGCUUUUACAUGACGAGUGCCAUCGUUUAUAUCGAAAAGCAGUUCCAAAUUCCGUCGAGACUUAGUGGCACAAUGGUCUCUGCUUCGGAUUUCGCUUAUAUUCCUGUUAUCGUAUUUACGAGUUAUUUCGGGGGACAGGGAAAUCGAGCCCGCUGGAUUGGAGGCGGCUGUAUGAUAAUAGCCAUCGCGGAUCUCAUCAUCAGCUCUUCCAACUUUCUGUUUCCAGCGAACGAAUAUCGUUUGAAUAGCACUUCUAUUCCUGGUUCCCUAGUCUAUGAAGUAAAUCGGUGA